UGCCCCCCUUCCCCAGUCCUUGUUAACACGUCAGGUCGAGGCAUUCGAUUUUGAAAUAACCCCCGCCCGAUACCACACCAAAAUUCUUAGUAAGAACUGAGAGCGACGGAUCGAAGAAGAGAUUGAGAUUUGUUUAACCAAAAUACUGAAAUUAUGCCAAAGUCCACGCAGAGAUCGCCAAUUAAAGUGGUAUCAAUACCGCUUGGCACAAAACAGCCACAGUGCAAAAGGAAAAGUGCUGGCAAGUCGAAGCCGAAAGUACUGCAGAAGUCCGUUAAGAAGUCCUUGAAGAAGCCGCUCAAGAAGCCCAUGAGACGUUCUCCGCUGAUGCGAGCCGCCCUGCAGCCCACAGUUUUGGGCUUGGUCAAGGUAAGGCCGGUGAAGAAGUCGCAGCAAGUGACCUUCAAGAAGUCGCAUCGCCAGCCGCUGGACGCCCUGCAAUCCCUGGGCAUGUCCCGCAGGACCAAGCUCAUAGACGCCAGACCCCAGAGGACGGCCGGCGGUACUUCGGUGCUGUUUCUGGGCAAGGAUUCCAGGGUCUCCAAGGUGUCCAAGGUGUCCAAGAAUAUGAAGCACCCAGCGGCAGCAAGCGAAAGAAGUGCGUUACCCCGAAUGAAAAGACGGAUGGAACCCCGAUGGAUGAUGAAAGCCGAGACCAGGGCCACCGACGGUGUGAACUUCUUUUGCAAUCUCGGCGUAAGGAUGCAGCCGCUCACUCAGCGGACCCAGAAGGACCAACAGGUGCGACAACGAGGAGAAGCAGGAUUCAGGGGAAGAUUGGUAGGUGGAGAAGGAACUAGACUGGGUGACGGCAUUCUGCAGGGAACAGUGCGAGCCCAUCCCUCUGGCCUGUCAUCCCUAGUCGGCAAAGUGGCCGGCAUCGGUGCGUCUGCCAAUGAUGUGGUGGUCCCGCUGACCAGCCGACUGCCCAUCAUCGACUUUAUCUCCACCAAAGAGUUCCAAAAUAUGUCUGCCGCCUCGACUCGAAAGCCGCACUCUCGGAAAAAUAUCCAUUUAUAGACGACCAAAGAGUGGCGAGCGUUUAAUGAUAGUGACGAGUGGACAUGUAUAUACUUUUCAAAAGGGGUUCGCGGCUCAUUCUGCCUUUAGUUUUCAAGUCUAAUUUAUCCGUAAAUUGAAUGGAUUUACAUUUAUUUUGCCAAAUGUUCUAAAAAAAAAAUUAUAUACAAUGGACGAGUGCACAUUGCUGCCAAGAAGGCUUAAAUUGUUUAAUAUAAUUACUUUCAAAUAUCCA